AUGGGAAGUAUAAUCCCAUCUAUAAUAACAGUACUUACAAAUGCAAUACCUUUUCGAUGGAUAAUAGCUAUUCAAAGUUCAUUGAAUCAACAAUCUCGAUUGUCACAGCGUCGAACAGAAGACACUCGUCGAGUGAUUACUAUCAUAACAAUUAAAUGUAUUUUAGCAGCUAUAAAUUCUUGGUUGAUUAAUGUUAUUUUAAGUAUUAAAUACUGUGUCUGUUCUCUUGCCAUUGGUGAUGAUUGCCCAAGUUUUUUAAGUCGUUUUAAUCGAUUAUUAGUUUUUAAUGGUUUACUGAAUUCAAUGUCAAAUAUAAUUCUUUGUUCAUGUGCAGGUAGAAGAUUUCGUCAGGAAUUAAAACAUGUUAAAUACGUGGUUAGAUACAAUAAAAAAACGUCUUCCAUGUUAUUGGUACAUUGCAUGAAAAACAUCCUUUCAAUCGAUGAGACGUUAUGA